AUGGACUGGAGAUGUUUUGCUGUCCUGGUCAGCUUCGGCUUCGCAGCAGAAGUGCCUUGCGCGGGCCUUCCCUUCCGUUGCGAGCCUGGCGGUGAGCCUGUGCCGUGCAGGCCAGUUUCGGCUUUCAACUGGCCAGCAAUCCUGGACCUCCUCCGGAGCGACGAGGCGGCGGCGCUGCUCGGUGCGUCCCCUGCACUGCAUGGUGAGGUGACUGCGGCGGUGAAGAGCGGAGAAGGAUGGGCACCCUGCGAGGCUGCGGCAGUCAAGGAAGCAAAGAGUUUGCUCUCCAUGCUCCAGGUUGGGGGUACCUGGGUGGCCCCACGCGAAAGUCGUCGGCUGUCACCACCGCGAGUGGGUGCCGUGCAGCCACGCAGCUGGCUCAACGAGACUCUUCAGCGCAGUGCUGACGGCCUGGCUGGCCGGCUCUUCGAGUUCUAUCCGCCGGUCGCAGAUUCCAACUUUGUGGGUGGAAAGUCUUCGUAUUCAAGCUUGCAUGAGGACUUCCCCUACGCUGUGAAUGGUUUGGUGGCUCUGGCUGCGGCUGCUGGGCAUCACCGAGUCGGAGUGCUGGCUGAUGAGGCGAUCGAGCGGCUUCUUGCAACGUCUGCCGGAGGCUGGCUGGGUCCAGAUGAGUGGCCACUGUUGAAGGAAGAGUCCGAGGAGGCGAUGGCCGAGCGCUUUGGCCGCCUCUCGGGUUCCCUUUGGGCCAGGUUCCCGGCACUGCAAGCCUUGGUCCAAUAUGCGGAGUGGCGUGCCAAAGAACCCGGAGACCGCGGCUGUCGAGCCUUUUUUGCUGCUGAGGCCUUCGUCUUGGAGCUGGGGCGCAGGUUGGACGAAGGGCGUGUGCGCCUCGUCGCUUGGAGUUCGGCACGCUGGCCAGAGCUGCUUUGGGUGCUGCAAGCUUUGCGAGGGCCAAAAGCCCCGCGUGCAGCCUGUGGUGCUGCAGCUCCGGACGGCCUUGCGCUGAAGCGGCUGGCAUGGCUGGCGCGGCUGCAAGGCUACGACUGGCAACGCUGGUUCAGCAAUGAGACGUUUCCCAAGAAGGCUUUGAGUCGGGAGGAGUUCAGCCUGUAUUCGCACGGGGUCAACAAUGCCGUGGCAUUUAAGUUUGCGGCACUUUGGAGUGGCGAAACGGAUGCGGCGGAUGCAGCAGAGGCGUCGCUUGAUGCCUGGCACCAACUACGGCGAUAUCAUGGUGUGGCCUCAGGUGCAAUUGGUGCAGACGAGCACCUCGCCGGGCGUGCGCCACACCGUGGCACUGAGCUUUGUGUUGUGGUGGAGUCCAUGCGGAGCUUAGAAGAAGCCUACGCCGCGAUGCCGAACAGGCCGGAGCUGGCCGACAGCUUGGAGGUGUUGGCAUUUAACAGUUUGCCUGCAGCAGUGAGCGACGAUCACUGGACGCACCAGUAUCUUACCCAGUCCAAUGCGGCAUUCGCCGGCAUUGAAUCUGUGCAAGAGACAGAGGACAACGAUGGACCUCAUCUUUCAAAGGUGUUUGGCAAUGUCGGUCUGGAUGCCACGCUAUAUGGCCUUUCACCGAACUUUCCGUGCUGCACAGUGAACUUCGCCCAGGGAUGGGCAAAGUUUGUUGCCUCGGGCCUUUGGCUUUUCGAAGACGGUGGUCGUCAGCUUGGCCUGCACGAAACGCCGCUGCUUCUCUCUGCCGCCUUCGCCCCGUCGUCGAUCUCCGUUCCGGCGCCAGUGGGUGGCGAGGUGGAGCUGUCUACUGCGUAUCCCUUCGAUCCAGAGGGUCUGCUGCAUUACAGGGCCAGAGGCGUCCGGCCUCCGCUGCAGCUUUUGGUCCGCGUGCCGCAGUGGGCAGACCUGGAGCGCUCAGAGGCUGCCGGUGCUCCUGGCCGCUUCCUUCUGAAGGAUGUCGCGACGGAGCGUCCCUCCACGCUUGUCCUCCCCAUCGAGGAGCCAAAUGCCGAGUGGGAGGUCCGCUUUGUUCCGAAGCCGUUGCUGAGAGAAGGAGUUGCCGGAGCCAGCAUCCAGUUCGGACCGCUGAUGUUUGUCCAGCCCAUUUUGCACCGCGCUGUGCCUUUGCCUUUGGACGAUGGGCCAUAUGGUCCCGGUGCACAUCCUCCUCCAGCAGUUCGCGAUGAAAUGUUGGUUCCUUUGCAGGAGCCCAAGGUUUGGAGUCUCCUCCUGAACGAAAGCUGGGAGCAGGACCUCACCAUCUCGGCUCCCGAGACCUCACUGCAGGGCUUCCAGCUGGACGGUUGCCCAAUGUUGGCGCUAUCCGGGCACAGGCUUGCGGCUUUCGGAUGCACGAAGCUUCGUUUUGCCGAGCUCCCCAUCUUCGUGGAAACAGAUGGAGUCGUGGAGCCAGCUUGGCAGAAAAGAUGCGUCUGCUUCUCAUAA